AUGGGAGAGAAUUCUCAAGUCCUUUUCAUUGCUUUAUAUGAGAAAUGCCAAACACACAUCGAAGCAUAUGACAGUCUUCACAGGCUCGCAACAACAGAUGAAAAUGAGAUCAGCCAAAUUUAUGAAAAGAUUAAAUCGAUUUUGAUAGAAAAGAACAAAAUUGAUCCAUCAGUUAUAUUGUCAAAUAUCAGUUAUCUAUGUUAUUAUCGAAAUUGCUAUUUGAGGUCUUAUUGGACAAUAUUUCAAAAGAUUUAUGAAGAAUUUCAACCAAAAUCUUUAAACAACAUUGCAACCAUAUGUCAAUAUUUCCUUUUUAAAGAAUAUGGAGUAAUUGUUGAUAGAAAUAAAGAAGAUUAUAUCAAACAAUUGAUAUUAGAUAAAAAUUAUGAGCUUGACUUGCAUGAAAAUGGCUCGAUUUUCAAUAUAAUCAUGCAUGAUGAUAAAGAAAAAUUUAUAUAUGUUAUAAAUGGCGAAAGAUUCAAUGCUCACCAAGUUUUAGUGAAUGAUUUUUAUCCAAAAGAAAAAAUUGAUUUGUUAGAACUCUGUUCUUAUCACGGGGCUGUUGAUUGCUUCAAGAUAUUGAGAACAAAGUUUAAAUUACCAAUAACACAGAAUUGCUUGAGAUUCUCUUUUCUCAGCGGAGUUCUUGAUAUAGUUAGUGAAUGCUUGAAGUUCCAAAAAGUAGAUAAAGAAUGCAUGAAAUACGCCAUUAUUUCCCACAACAUCGAUUUCGUUGGAUAUUUGAUGGAUCAAGCCAACUAUUUUAUUAACUUAGACUUGUGCUUUGACUUCAAUAAUUUGUCAGCAUUCUUCGUUUAUCUUGAUAAGACUAAUGAUGUUAAUAUUGGAUUGAUUUAUGCGGUGAAUUUCAAUUUGUAUUCGAUUAUUGAUGUUUUAGUCUCGCAUGGAGCUUCUUUGGAUACUAAAGAUGAUGACGAUGUAACUUUGUUGCAUAGAGCUGCAACAUGGAAUUCAAAAGAAACAGCUCAGUUACUAAUCUCUCAUGGUGCUGAUGUCAAUGCUAAAAUGAAAAAUGGUGAAACUCCUCUUCAUUUCGCUGCAAAGAAAAAUAGCAUAGAAACACUAAAACUGCUUAUUGAAAACGGUGCUAAUGUGAAUAUGAAAUGCGAAAAUGGAAGAACUGCUCUUCAUUCAGCUGCUUUUUAUAAUAAGAAAGAAUCUGCCGAGAUUCUUAUUGAUAGUGGCUCUGAUGUUAAUUUCAAAGAUCUUCGUGGGAAAACGCCACUGCAUCUUGCUGCAAUUAAAAAUAGCCAUGAAACUGCAAAUCUUCUGAUAUCAAGAGGGUCAGAAGUAAACAUUAAAUGUGAUGAUGGCAAAACGCCACUUCAUUACGCUGCAGAAAUGAAUAGCCAAGAGACUGUUCAAAUUCUUAUUUCAAAUGGUGCAAAAGUUACAAUUAAGGAUAAAAAUCUGAAAAUUCCACUUCAUUUUGCUGCAUUUUGGGAUAAUACGAAUACUGUGGAUUUGUUAAUUGAUCAUGGAUCUGAUUUUAACGAUGUAGAUCAAAAUGGAAAGACUCCACUUCAUUAUGCAGCGUUUUGGAACUGUGCUGAAACAGCAAAGAUAUUAAUUCUUUAUGGAGCAGAUAUCGAUUAUGUAGAUAAUGAUGGUGAAACUCCGAUUGAUAUUGCUCUUAAAACAAAUAGUUAUAGUGCAGCACAAGUUCUUGUUUAUUAUGCAAAUGAGUAA